UGUCCCUAACCAGUCAUCUGUAUGAGUGUUGUGUGCAGGGAGCAGGAGGAUGAAGACUUGAUUAUUCAGUGUGAAGCUUUUGAAGAGGCAAUGGCUGAAGAUGAGGAGGAGCUGCUGCGGGUCUAUGGGGGCAUUGACAUGAGUGAUCACCUGGAGGUUUUCAAUACACUCUUUAACAAGGUGAGCAGCUCUCCAGCCUCUCUCCAGCUGCUGUCCAUCCUGCAGACGUUGUUGGUGCUGGAGCCGGGCCGCUCUGAUAUCUGGCUGGCUCUGGAGGCCAUCACUAACAGAGCCACACUGCUGGCCCAGGACUCUCAGAUGGAGUCCUGUGAGAAUAUCAUGCAGCGGCUGAUAUCCUCCAAAGGCAAGAGCUGUGAAGGUCAUCAUGAAGUGGACAGGCAGCUUGUGAGAGUGGAUAGGGCCAUGCAGACCGAUCUGCAUCAUCAGGAUGAAGAGAAGUCGGACCAAAGCACCACAUCCUCUCAGAAGCCACUGUGUGCCUCCCCUCCACCUCCUCCUCCUCUACCCCCUGGUAUGAUGGGGCUCCUGCUCCAACCUUCUAAUCAGUGCCCACCUCCACCUCCGCCUCCACCACCUCCGCUACCUGGAGGGUUUGGUGCACCACCACCACCUCCCCCCUUGCCCGGAAUACCACCACCACCACCACCACUAUUCGGCGGUCCAGGCAUGCCACCCCCACCACCUCCGCCGCCCCUAGCGGGGAUGGGUGGUGGACCACCGCCACCACCUCCCUUACCUGGCAUGCCAGCUCCACCUCCUCCUCCCCCAGGCAUGAUAGGGGCUCAGAGUAGCCAGGCUCUCGGGUACGCUGCACCCACAAAGGCAAGCCGAUGCCCCACCCUGAGGAUGAAAAAGCUCAACUGGCAGAAACUCCGCACUGUUACUGAUGGUCACUCCAUGUGGUCCUCGGUUCAGACAGAGCCUCCUCCUCGGGAGCUGGACUACAGCAGCAUCGAGCAGCUGUUCAGUUUCCCGGUGACCGAGGACAAAGACAAGGGGGCAGCUGCUCCUGUCAAGAAGGAGCCUAAAGAGAUAACAUUCAUUGAUCCAAAGAAAAACUUGAAUUUGAACAUAUUCUUAAAGCAGUUCAAAUGCAAAAAUGAGGACUUUGUAGCCAUGAUUCAGACUGGGGACCGUACUAGGUUGGACGUAGAGGUGCUAAAGCAGCUCAUUAAGCUCCUACCAGAGAAGCACGAGAUUGAAAAUUUGAAGUCCUUCCAAGGAGAGAAAGAAAAGUUGGCAAAUGUUGACCGCUUCUACACCUCCCUUCUCACUGUGCAAUGUUAUCAGUUGAGGAUUGACUGCAUGUUGCUGUGCGAGGAGACUUCAUCAGUGUUGGAUAUGCUCAAACCUAAAGUCAAGCUGGUGGAGGAGGCCUGCCAGUCUCUCAGGACGAGCACGCUCAUGCCCAUUUUCUGCAGGCUCAUCCUUAACGUUGGGAAUUUUCUCAACUAUGGAAGUCACACAGGGAACGCCGAGGGGUUCAAGAUCAGCUCUCUUCUCAAGCUCACAGAGACUAAAGCCAACAAGAGCCGCAUCACGCUGCUUCAUCACAUCCUGGAGGAAGCAGACGUGAGCCACCCAGAGCUGUUGGCGCUGCCAGAUGAUAUAGAGAUCUGUGAAAAAGCAGCAGGAGUUAAUGUGGACUCUCUUCAGUCAGAAACCAGUGCCUUACUAAAACGACUGAAUGAGGCGGCCAAGAAGGUCUCCGGCUCUGUCGAAGACGUGAAGGAGCAAUAUGAAAAAGUUAUUGAGGAAAGUCUGGUGGCAUGUCAGGCUUUAGGUGAAAGGCUGACUGCAGUAGAGGAGAAGAAGAGUGAGCUGGCAGUUUACUUGUGUGAAGAUGUCAAUCAGCUGUCGCUUGAGGAACUCUUCGGAACCAUCAGGACUUUCCGAGGAUUUUUCCUCAAGGCACUCAAGGAAAACAUAACUAGAAGAGAGCUGGCAGCCAAGGCUGAGAAGAGGAAGAGGCAGCUGGCAGAGGAAGAGUCCAAGAGACAGAAGGGAGAGAAUGGAAAGAUAAUCAAGAAAGGCUUUGUUCCACAGGACGACGACUGCAUCAUCGACCACCUCUUGGCGGAUAUCCGGAAAGGUUUCAGCCUCAGAAAGACCAGGCCAAGGUGCGAUUCGGAAAGCCUCCCUUCUAGUGCAAAGCGUAGGGAUACCUGCCCAUCUGGAUCAAGUGUCAAGUCUGCAAACGAAAAAGCCGGAGAAUUAGCCGCCGUUUCAUCUCCCACCAAACCUCAGACAGAGGGUCACCAGCAGGCCAGCACAGGAGAAAUGAACGGCUUCAUCAGCCCAUCAGAAGAUACUCCGCCAGCACCGCAGAGAGCAGUGCAGGACGGAGCAGCUCUAACUCCCAAGUCACUCCCAGGAGAACCAGCCACGACGACGAUGCAGGCACCUCUCGAAAAACCUGCUUCGCUGCAGGAGGGGCAACACCCAGAGAAGCCUCUAGUGCCAGGAGCGAGACAACCUGAGCCUCGGGUUGAAGCGGAACAUCAGCCAUGCCUCCCCACAAAUGGCUUUUCAAUGGAUUCAACUGAGACGAGUGUCCUCAGCCCAUCUUCCCUCUCAGAUUUCGACCUAGAAGGUGUGUUCGAUGGCACUUCCAGCAUGGUAUCUGAGAAGCUGAUGCCUGAGGAGCCAGCGGACAGUAGCGUUCAUGUUCAGAUAAAGGAAAGUCUUUCACCUAAUACGGACAAUGUGACACGGAGCAGUGAAAGCACAUUAAUGGGAGAUGGGAAAGGCCAAACUAGUGAUAAAAUAAUCCGUUUAGCAGAGACUGUUGAACAAGAAAAGGGUCGAGACGAGUGGAAAUGCGUUCUUGUUAAAUCCUCCGUCACUACACUCAGUGAGGGCAUCGAGGGGUGCGAUGUCCCAGAUGGACUGGAAUCGGCAGAUCUGCCAUCAGUGUCUGAAGCAGUGCCUCCAUCCCUUGAGCACGAACCAAAGACACAGAAGAGCAUCUUCAAACGAAACAAAAAGAAGAGUACUCAAGGUAACCUAACCAUUAACUUAAAUAAAGAUCAUGUUUGGAAUGCUAGUCGCUUGUGUCUUAAAUGGAAAUCCUUGGUAGUUUUGUUUUUUUACUGCAGUUUAUAUUUAAUGUCUGCGCUAUUGUAGUGUAUAUUCAUAAGUGUUUUGCUUGACAACAUGCAUUUUAAUUAAGAGUAUGGAUGUAUUUUAUUUAAGAGUAUGGAUGCAGUGUGUACAUUGUGAUUUGCUGAUUUUAAUAUUGACUGAAUUUGAAUCUGUGGACAGUUUGUUUGAAUGCUCUGUUCUCGUUCUGACUCUCUGAAACACAAGGUGACAGUGGGAACGGACACACUAAACAUAAAAAAGACUGUGUGUUGCAGUGAGGUAGGUCGAAUCAAUGGGAUGGCAAACUGUAAGCAGGAACAUCAUCCUAAUGAACUCAAUCACCGUCGACGCUUUGUCCCAAGUAGCACGUCAUUUGUUGGUCUAACUGGUUGAAUUCUGGAUUUCAUUUGUCUCUGUUGUCCAGCUUUUAACACUCGUGCUCUCUUUAAAACUUUUUCCAAUUCUGUUAUCCGGCCUAAAUCUUAACACCACUGACCAAAACGCAAAUGUGUCUUGCGGUAAUUUGAAUGUCCGUCAAACCUGGGAAAACUAACCCUACAUGUACAGCAAUUAAUAAUCAGUGGUUGCAGUUUGUGGAGUCACUGUGACGUCAUCAUGGACUGAGUUAUUUCAUGAAAGCCACCACUUUUGUGUCUUUCCUUCCAUAUUUCUUUGUCCAUUACCCAAGCCUUCAACUGGGACUGUUCAAACCUACUAAUGCAGUCUUGUGUGCUUCCUGUAAACUGUGCUUUAAUCUGAUUUUCAUGAAAGAUGCUGUAUGUGAUGUAAAUGCAUUAAAAAUGUUUUCACCACAAAAAAAACUUUUACAUUUUAAAGCCGAUCUAGUCAUGCUUGCAAGCCAAAAAAAUCAUGAGACUAGAUUUCACAAUGUGAAGUGCUAUUGAGCAAAUAGUUGUAUCCCCAUGUAAAUAUAUAAACUUUAGAAGGUAUUCAAAUAUUUUAUUUGGAUUUGGGUUUUUUUAACGAACUAUUCAUUUUAGUCUUUGUUUCCGUAGGUGACUCCAGAAAAAGGAAAUCAAGAGGAAAAAGAAAAUGUUAAUUUUACAGGAGAGAACCAGAAGGACUGCCGUUUAUUUUGUGAGACUAAAUGAGCAUUGACUCCUUCAAGAGGAUGCAGAAGUCUUCCUUUUGAAAUGAUUUGUUUUUCAAGACCAAGAAGAGUCAACACAUCCAAGGCUGUAUGGAUGUCAACAUGUCACUUUAUGUAAAUUUGUUGUUUGUGUAUAUGAUUAGUUUUGGAUUCAGAACUAUUCCAAAAAAAAAAAAAAAAGUUUAAUAUGCUUUGUUUUGUAUAACUGUUGUAAUAUGCAGUGAAUGUGUUUUUGCUAUAUGCUCUAUUUAACUUUCAGCACCAACAGAAUGGAAGAUGCAGUGCUGUGGUGGAAGAUAUUUAAUUAACUCAAAACAAAACUGCUGUUUAUUUCUUUAUAUAUUACCCAGGUGAUCUGUAACAGGGAAAUAUAAGAAAAGCAUUUAACGGAUUGUAAUGUUAAAAAUAUUUUAAUAAAAGUGAAUUUAGUGUU